UCCAGGCAGUUGCAGGCGGAGGCUGGAGCGGUGCUGCCGGGUGCCCGGUGUCUGCAGGGACACGGUCACAGACGCCAGCUGAAGAGCGACAGGGGAACCGGUCGGAGGGAGGAUUUCGCUCUGUGAUCUCUCACCGAGGAGUGAGCAGGUAAGGAUCGGGUCCGUAGGCAAAGCAGACAGAGGCAGAGCUGGGGGGGAGCGAGGGUCUCUUCUGCUUUCAGGCUUGUGGGCUGUAUUUGGAAAAAAGUGAAGAAUGAAGACGGAGCCGACAGGACCCUUGCUUUGGAGAGAGGGGCUGGCAAACGUCCCCUGCCAGCUGUGUGUGAGGGAGCAGGAGCUGGGCAUGCUCUCGAGGCCCCCCCCCCCCGCCCAGGCGGCAAUAUGAAAUGUUUGCGCACUAACUUGUAUGUGUUAUAUCUUUGAUUCAGCCGGCCUUUUCCAGCUCAGGUGUUGCACAGCUUCGAAACGCGUCCUGGCCAGGGGUCACUUACCGUGCCAGGAUGGCUGAAGCGUGGUGCAGAGCCAGUGCGGACUAAAACACUGGGCGCAAUCCAAUUAGAGCCACCUUUAUUGACGGUGCAGAGCAGGGGACUUGGUCUCCCCUGGGUAAUAGCAGUCAUGAAGACGAGCUCCAGGGAGAAGCCAAAAACAGUUGUGAGGUGCAAGAAGCGGAGUGAGGAGGGUGGCAGGGGUUUCUCUUGCAUAUCAGGAAAGGGCCCGCAAGGGAAGGUCUGGGAGGAAGACGACUGCUGGCAGGGGCAAGCAGAGAGGGAACGGGACAGGAGGGAGGAGAGGUGCCAUUUUGUUCCAGGGGAAGGGGCUGUGCAAGCGGAUGGCUUCCAACACGGUGGCAUAGUCCUUUUCAGGGGUAGGCGUCAGCCCCUUCUGACGGCAGCGACUGCGAUUCCAGGCGGCGUGGUGUGACAUUCAUUGGAGGCGAGGAGGGAGGCCUCAUUUCGGGAGCCAAAGGGAGGAGAGCGAGGCAUCUAGAGGGCCAGUGAACAUCCGCCCAGCAGCGCUCCAUCCCCCAGGGCAGGAUGGACAGGCUGCGGCAGAUGCUAAGGCGGAGAUCGGCCAAGGUGGUCAGCGUGGGAGCAGAGAGGAGCAGGGGGCUUGGGCAGGAGGAUUUGGGCCGUGCCUGCCAUGAUGAUGAGGGGCCCAUCAAGGCAAGGAGGUGGCUGUGCCCCAUCUGCUGCCGAAGAAAACUGGCAGCUCCUGACAGCAGGAGAAAGGAGGACGGGAAACCCACCACUUCCCGGACCAGAUGGAGGUGGCCCUGGGUACGCCUGAGCAAGCAGGAGCCGGCACCAGAACAGUGCCAGGCUCAAGAGCUGCGCAGCUCCCCUCCCGUGGCAUCGAGGGGCCUGGAGCCCGACCCUGCAGGCCCACAGCAGGAGGCAGCCCCCUGCACAGCCUGGGACGAGGGCCCUUCCUCCCUGGGGCAGGAGCUGAGCGAGUUGAGCACCAGCCCCAGCCUGAGCUGCGGCUCCUCCUGGGACGACUCGCACAGCUCCCUGGAGUCCGGGACCACCAGCCCCAGCCGCGGCUCCUCCUCGGGGGACUCCAACAGCUCCCCAGAGUCCCGAAACACCAGCCCGAGCCCCAGCUCCUCCUCGGGGGACUCCGAUAGCUGCCUGGAGUCCCAAAACACCAGCUCCAGCAGCAGCUCCUCGGAGGAGGACGCUCACAGCUCCCUGGAGUCGGGGACCACCCCAGCCCCUGGUGCCAGCCACACAGUGAUUCCCAGCCUGGCCACUGACCAGGACGAGGACCAGGACGAGGACGAGGACGAGGACGAGGAAGAUGGGAGGCCACCGGAGCAAGCUGCCCUCCUCCUCGUGACAAAACACCUCCAGGAACCAGGGAAGACGCUGGAGGGGAAGGAGGGGAAGCGCUUCCUGCUAGCAAUCCUCACCCUGAGCGCAGUCGCGGAGCAGAGCACAGAGGUGGCCAUGGAGCUGGAAGGCCUGAAAGUGUCCGUGGUAGAGAAGAUCGUGGACAUGAUGGAAAACAUCUCUGGGGAGGCCGACAGAAGGAACAUCCUCGCGUACAGCAUUGACGCCAUCCGUAGCCUCAGCGAGCUGAAGUUGAGCCUGGAGCCAGGCCUGGAGUCGCGCCUCCUGCGGGCUGCGAUCGAGAAGAGCUUCCUGGCCAUCGGGCAUGAGAGCCAUCGCAACCAGGUCAUGCAGAGGCUGUACGUCGAGUACUUGCAGGGCCUGCUGUGCCGCUUCUUGUUCAGCGCCCCCAGCCUGGGCAAAUUAUACUCCAUUUGGGAGCACUUUACAUUUUGGAUGGAGACCCCGGAUGCCCAGUCCCGAGCACUGGGCAUGAAGAUCGUCACCGGGGUGCUUGCCUUUGCUGUGCAGCUCCUCCCACAGUUUGAGGCCUCCCCAGAGUUACCUGAGGUGGGGGACAUGGCAGCCUGCCUGGGUCUCUCCAUCAACGACCCAGUGGAGAGCACCAGCUGCUACGCCAGGGGCAGCGUGUAUUGGCUGGCGCAAAUCCUCCUACAUCAGAGGGGCCAAGACAUGCGAGGGGCAGAGGAGUUGCGGUGCAAGCGCCAGGCAGAGCAGAGCCAGGUCCAGAACUACAGGGACCUGGCGAGAGUCGGAGAGGGGUGGAGCAAGAUCUUGUUGGAGGAGCAGAAAAGAUCUUUCCUUCAGAGAGUCCUUGCAGCAGUUCAUGGUGUCCAGACGCACGUCAGCCAAGCUGGGCUGGUCUUCCUCUACUCCAUCCUGGGGGAAGCCGGCCGCUUGAUUGGGCACAAGGAGAAGCAAAUCCCCGUCAGGGUGGUCAGCAAGCUGCUCCUUAUCAAGUGCUUCAAAGAGCUGCCUGAAGAACUGCAAGGGCACAGCCUGCUGGCCAGCUCCUCCGCGACCCCCUCUGCUCUCCAGCAGCCCACACUUGCACCUGCAGCUGGAAACCACCUUGACCCCGAGAACAUCUCCCUCACUGAACAUGACCUCCAAAACCUCACGGGGAGCCUGGCGGCUACAGAAGAAGUCUGCAACAGUGCCGAAGCCACCACAGAAGCCACCGACUGACCCGAAUCUUGUUGUGUGGAUGGCAUUUUGUCAACCCCUGCCUCAGGGCUUUUGCCGGUCGCCGGUUGGGGCCAGGAAGGAAUUUUUUCCCCCUUCAUGUACAGACCUAUCGUCUGGGGGUUUUUCGCCUUCCUCUGAGGCACUGGGCAUAGUGAGACCAUCGCGGUGCCUGUUGUGCAUGUAGCCUGCCCUACAGGCCUUUGAGGGCCAGGGAGAGAGAGAAGAAAACAAAGGCAACACGUGUAAUGUUUAGCAUAGAAGUUAAGAGUAGAUGUAGUAUAAUAAA